AUGAGAGUUCUAUUCCACCAGGCUAUGAUCCCAAUUCAUCAAGGGAACAUCAAUCUGGAUAUCAACAUCCACAUCUUCACAGGAUCCAGUGGUCUAGUAUACCCCUAUCUGCCAUCUCCAAAUCCCGAAUUCGUGUUCAACCAAAACCCCCAUCUUGUCAACUAUCCGUCUCAAAUUUCCGUCUAUCAACAACUUCGAUGUGAGCCGAAAGCUGCGAAACAAAACAGCAUUUUGCCUUGUACGACAUCAUCCAAACCUCCCCAAGGAGUACGUCGCAAAACCCCACCGAAGGGGGAACUAAUAGCGCACAAGAGGCACAAGAGAGACAUAGGUCCCACGACUCCCGGAUCUGUAUACACGAAGGAUCGUGCACCUGCCAAUACAUCGCCUAAGCAACAGCAACCACCUGAGGCGGAUACUAAAGUCGCGAAGGCAUCACUUCCGGUCCAUAAAGUCACGAUUUUGCAGAAUGUGAAGGAGCGCUACAAGGCGGUGUUUGAAAGUUUGUCCGGGAGGGAGGCCUCGGGGCUAUUAGGAGGAUGGAUGAAAGAUAUGAAUGACGGUGUAUCUGUGGCCUUUGACCCCCCUGAUUGUUGGCCGGAGACAGAACCGUUUGACCUCCCCGAGUAUCUGGAAGAAGAAGCCCCUGGAGUUAUAAUCAAAGUUCUCCUCCAUCUGGUUUGCGGUAAACACUGCCGAAAGGUUACAAAGCAGAAGCUCGAUCAGCUUCGCAACACGAUGGGAGGUCUUGACAUUCAACAAGAAAAGAAGUCAGAAUUGGAAAAGGUUAUGGAUUUGCACAAGGCAGCAGUAUGA